AUGUCGUCGUCGGAAGGCGCGCCCGAGUCAUGGAUCUCCUCGUUCUGCUCGCUGAUGGGCCACGAGUUUUUUGCCGAGGUGUCGGAAGACUUCAUCGAGGAUGACUUCAACCUGACGGGUCUCCAGUCGCAAGUGCCGAUGUACAAGAAGGCCCUCGAGAUGAUUCUCGAUGUGGAACCGGAAGAUGAGGAUGAAGACAGCGAAGAGGAAGAGGAGGAGGAAGAGGAUGAAAUUCUGGGCGAUGAGAGACCUCCGGGGUACCGCAGGGCUGGCGAUCGGCGGCACACGCGCGUUGCGAGCGACCUGAGUGUCAUUGAAAGCUCUGCCGAAUUGCUCUACGGUCUCAUCCAUCAGCGGUAUAUCACUUCGCGGCCCGGGAUUCAGCAGAUGCUCGAGAAGUACGAGAUGCAGCACUUCGGGUUCUGCCCGCGAGCGAAUUGUAAUGGAUGCAAAGUCCUCCCUGUGGGACGCUCCGACACCCCAGGACAGGAUACGGUCAAACUGUUCUGUCCCUCAUGCCAGGAUAUCUACACCCCUCCUAACAGUCGAUUCCACUCGGUUGACGGUGCAUUCUUCGGUACGACUUUUGGCUGUCUGUUUUUCAUGACCUUCCCCGAUCUUGACGUGAGCCCGCGCCUGGAGAACUCCUUAUCCCCCCCAUCGCCGCCUAACCGGAACCAAUCUCGCUCAUCCUCCCUGACCUCGCAAGGAGCCCUCACACAGCAGUCGUCUGUAACAGGUUCUUCAGCACCUAACCAGCCGACAGAGAUCAACGGCGUGCGGACAGUUAACUUCUGCCCCAGUCUCGGACCAGGUAAGAUCUAUGAGCAGCGGAUCUACGGAUUUCGGGUUUCAGAGCUUUCCCGAGCUGGUCCGCGCAUGAGAUGGCUCCGGAUGAAACCGACAGAUAUCACGGAACUGGACGAGUCGACAAUAUAUCAUAAUUCCGUACGUCAACGUCAAAUGAACCGCCGGCACCUGCAACCGGGGGAGACCGAAGCCGGGAAUGACGGAGACACGGACAUGACCAAUGUCCCGACAGGAUCAUCGCAGUCACCUGGUGGGAGGAGGAAACUUGCACCAAUGCGAAGGCGUAAACAGGGCACGACUAAUGCGGAUCAGAUGAGCAUAAAUGGGGGGUGA